UUUUAAGAUGAGACUAUGACCGAAAUUAGUAACUUCGCCACUUCGUGCAAAAUGAUGUUGUUUGCAAACAUUAGAAGUGAACAGCAUCAUUAGAAACACAGUGACUUAAAAUGUGGAGCGGAAAUGCACGACCAAUAACUCUUCCUAAUUCCGGUAGGUCAAUGUAUUUAUUUGGACAGCAAAGCUGCUGGAUUCUAAGGAGACAUACGUCGAAAUAAAUGACUGGGCUGAAGACUUCCAAUCUUGAGCGGAUAUGGUGCGGUGAGGAGUUGGAGGAUGGCAGAGCCAGAUCGCAGCUCAACCGAUGGCACUCCUGAAAAUGAAGUAGAUUCAGGUACUCAGCCUGAAAGUGCACAUAGCAAUGAAGAUGGAUGUGAUCAAGAGAAUGAAGCAGAUCAGUCUGGAGGUCAAGGAAGCCCUGUAGCAUCAGGUGGCAAUGAAGGAGCUCUUAACACCAACUAUGACUCUAGUGAUGGAGCCAUUCCAAUACACAGGUGUGACCGUUGUGAUAACUAUGAAACACUUAGUCGCUCUGCAUUUUUAACUCAUUUGUCCAGCUGCUCUGUAAAUGAGGGUGAGUCAUCAGCAGCAGACAGGAGUCAUGACCGAAAAUUGUUUCAGUGUGAUGUGUGCAAUAUGAAGUUUUCUAAUGGUGCAAAUAUGAGACGGCAUAAAAUGAGACACACAGGAGUAAAGCCUUAUGAAUGUCGUGUCUGCCAAAAGAGAUUUUUCCGCAAGGACCACCUGGCAGAGCAUUUUACAACCCAUACAAAAACAUUACCUUAUCAUUGCCCCAUUUGCAACAGAGGUUUCCAGCGUCAGAUUGCAAUGCGAGCACAUUUUCAAAAUGAACAUGUUGGACAGCAUGACAUGAUCAAGUCCUGUCCACUCUGCAGUUAUCGAGCUGGCUCAAUGAAGAGUUUACGUGUUCAUUUCUUCAACAGGCAUGGUAUAGAUCUCGACAACCCAGGGCCAGGAACGGCAGGUGCUUCAUCUGUCAUGCCAGCUGGCCACUGCUCUCCUAUGGAGAUGACAUGUGGUGUUAGUGUGGCUGCUACUUACAGUGACAGCGGAGAUUCAGUUGGUGCCAGGUCCAUUGACAAUGCUACUCCACCAAUGCAUUUUCUGACACCACAUGUUGAGAUAUCAAUGGCCGAUGCACCAACUCCAUUUUCACCUAGCCAAUGUGAGCAGCCUUUGUCCCAGUCAGUCUCUGAAAGUCAAUCAUCAUCCCAGCAUCUUAAUGGAGACUGCCCAUGUCCUGGAUCACCACAUUCAGCAGACUCCAACUCCAAUGCACCAUCCAGUAGUCAUAAUGGAAAAGAUGCAGAAAGUGUGGCUGUGGCACCUUCCAUUUCACUUAUUCCCAUCAAGCAAGAGCCAGUGUCAGCUGCUGACCCUGGGCCAUUGCCUGUCAAUCUAAGCACAACAACACCUGAUGGGCAGGUGCACUUCCAGUCUGCAUCUUCAACUGGCAUUCCAAGUCUUGUAAAGGUAUCUCCACUUAAAUCACUAUUGCGAGAUGAUCUCAAGCGGAAAAUAACAGUAACAACAGCACGGCCAGGAAGCCAACCUCGCUAUAGUCGGCCUCUUGCACCUUCUCCACAUCCCGAGAGCACAGCUUCAUUGCCGUUUGGGCUUCGACAAGGGUCUGGGUUGGGAACAGUGAAUGGUACAAUUACAUCGACUGGUACAGAUCAACCACCAGACUCUGCAGCAUCAACAGUAUGGCGCCCAGCACCUCUUCGGCGUGGCACGGGAAUUGGCACUCCGUCAUCAGCCCUUCAGUGUGUAUUUUGUGGCAUUGCUUUUCCUGAUCAGACAUUAUAUUUCCUUCAUAAAGGCUGUCAUUCUGACAGCAAUCCAUGGAAAUGUAAUAUCUGUGGAGAACAGUGUUCAAAUGUUUAUGAAUUUAAUUCUCAUUUACUCAGUAAGACACAUCAAUGAGGUCAACCACAUAUGUACCCGAUACAUAGAGAGUGGCAUAUUUUGUCUUGUUGUUAAUGUGAAAGUUAUAGUUGUCAUGGAUUUUACUUGAAUCAUACAUUUGCUCCUCAUACUCUGAAGUCCUGCUGUGGGCAAACAUUGAGUCUUAAUAAAUGACGAAUAUGGUAUUGUAAUGACUGAGUGUCAGGAUGAUUGAAUAUUCCACAUCUUUUACCGUCCAUAAACUUAUCAUUCUUUAUAAAAUGAAUUUCCCUACCCCCUCCCCAAUAAUUCCUCCUCUCAAAAAUUCCUUUUCUGAUUACCAGUAAUUGCAAAGCCUUACUUCCUGCGGCUUUUUCAUCCACAAAUAAAUUUUUUAAUAAAAGUUUUAGGCUUAUACAUAUACAUCAGUUUAGUAUUUUGUAAUUUUCACUCAUGUUAUUCAGUUAGAUAACCAUUAAGCAAUGUUUAAUUCUUCAGCUCUUAAGCAAAUAUACUCUGUAUACUUCAUUACACUGAAGUUGUUGAUUGUCUGUAUAAAAAAAUGUGCCACCCUCUACAGUACAUAUUCAUACCCACAGUUUAAUAUUAAAACUGUUGGUUGCCUUUUGGGAACACAGUGCAUUAUUGUUAAGGUUCAUUUAAUAAUUCAAUUGUAGUUCAUUUCCCACUUUAUUCAUCUGAGCUUAACAUUCCACAUAUAGUAGAAAUAUUUAUAGUGCAUUAUUUACAUAAAUGUAUAUUCUAUAUCUAUACAACCCUUUGCACAAUAAAGUUUAAUAUAUUACUCCUCAAUUGUAUUUAUAUGGCAAAUGUACAGUAAGGGUUUAAAAGAAAGUAUGUGGUUGUGACAAAAUGCAAGGCUAGUACACAUAUAUACAUAUAUAUUUCUAUAUUUGGGGAAUUUGAGAAGUACAAAGUCUUAUGUUACAAUUGAGGCUGUGCUGAACUAUUUAUAUUUAAGAAAUGUGAGUCAUUUAUUUGAAAAUACUAUGUUGUACCUUUUAUGUUUUUAAUAUUUAUUGAUUUAUUUAUUUAUUUAUUUAUUCGUGACACUCUGGGAGAUGCACCAAGUGUGGUAAUGCUAUUAAUUUUAUAAAACACAUUUUAUUUGUAGCAAAGCUACAAAGAAUUGCACAUUUAAGAAAUACAGGACCAUUUGGAAAUAUGUGCCUUUGAUUUUUUUUAAGAACAAGAGAUAGAAAUGAAGUGAAAUUACAUUUAAAUGUCAUGUGUUUUGUGACAACAUCCGUCCCCUUCAAAACAAGUCCAAAUAUUACGCUUCUUUGCUAUGAGCAAAGAUUACUAUGUAUUCUAUAUUCUACUUCACAGGAAACAUUCCUCUGCUUUGAAAAUGUAAUAAAAUAUAUUUGUUAUACUCUUAUACAUUCCAAGUAAUUAACUUGAUAAACUAUCAUAUCAUUUCUGAAUUUCCCUUGUGAACUUCUAUUAACAUUACUACUGCACACAGUUUUAUAGAAUUCUUAUAAUGUAGGGUACAGCUACUGAGUGUUGGAAAUGUCAUGGUUACUAUGCUGAAGUUAACGGCAACUUUUUGCUUUAGAUACAUCCAGUGAAAACUGUAGAGUACACUGUAAUGAGGGUAAUUAACUUCUGUCCAGUCAGAAUCAUUACUCAAUCAAGUGACAGUUGAAUUCCAUUAUUAUGUAUGCCUCGACCACUCUGAAACUGACGAAUUGUCAGAAAACUUUACUAAUUUCUGUUUAAUCUGUAUUGAAAAUUGUCAUUAUCAUUUAAUUAUUUUUGUCGUGUUCUACACUAAUACUGAUUUUUCAGUAGUUUCACUGUCUCUCAUGUCAUAUAUUAAAUGAAAAUUUGCAGUAAAAGGUCCCAUGAAAUACUUUUUUUGAAAGAACAAACUGCCAUUAGACUGUAUAGCACUGUAUUUUUCUUCUGUACUAUCUAGAUUUUGUCUUUUGUGCUGUUAUUGAGUACUAUACUAAAAAUUCAUGGAUGAGCAACAUGUCAUAUCCGGUAAAGUCAGUCCACAACAGGCAAACAAGACUAGGCUAGUAGUGUUUAUAUGCUUUGGAUUGGCUUUACCAGGUAUGAUAUGUUAGUGGUCUAAGAACUUUUAGUAUUGUACUCAGUAAUGCAAAAGAAGUCAAGCUCUAGAAAGUAAAGAAGAAAAAUACAGUGCUAUACAGUCAAAUGGCGGUUUAUUCCUUCCAAAAAUACUGCAUGACUGUGGCUCAGCACCAUCAAAAACAUUUUAUCCAUGAAAUGAUUGAGUUUGGUCCCUGUAUUACUCAUGUCCUCUUUCCAUAUAAAAUAGAUAGUGGGAUAAAUGUCUGUGCUCCAUUAUUCCACUUUCAGUAUAAUAAAUAUAAAAAACCAAAUUUCAUGGCCAUUUGGAGUGUGCUGCUGUGUACCUUAUAGUGAAUAUAUGAAAGAAAGUUAUUUUCAUAAGCCAUAAAGCUAAUGUUAAAAUAUAAUAUUUGUUGUUAAAUUCUUAAAAUUACUCUUACUUGUAACCAGAUGGAAGAAACAGGUGCACAUAUGAUCUUACCCUAAGUGAAAUUACCUAGUGCCUGCUAGAGUAUGCUUUUACAUGACUUCAGAUGUAGCCCAAUGGCUACAAGUGGCUCUUCUAAAUCAUAUUUUUGACCUAAAAAUAAUUUAGAACCAAAUUUCCAUUUCACAGAAUUUUUUUAGCAGAAACCAUGUAUCUUUCCUCUUAUAACAAUACAACUUGUAGUGUAAGAGCAGGUUGACUACAGGGGGCCAUGAAUGUGAUAGUGAUCAUAACAGUUGUGAUUAUAAUUGUAUUCUCUAGUGAGUUCUGUAGAGCUACUGUGCUCUUGUUCGUCCCUGAACUGUUCGGUCCAGUUAAUUUGUGUGUUAGAAUUAACUGGGUAUCUAGUAGUGGGCAUUGGAUGCUUUUUAAAUCUGUUAUUGAUUAAUAUUCUUUAUAGUUGACUGCUUAAUCCCUCUCACCUCCCUCCCUC